AUGAGACUAAAGUGGAACAAAAAGAAGAAGCGAAAGCAGAAGAGAAUAAACUGGAAGAAAUCAGAAGAGACCAAAGAGGAACAAAAAGAAGAAGCGAAGGCUGAAGAGACUAAAGUGGAGCAAAAAGAAGAAGAGAAGACAGAAGAGACUAAAGUGGAGCAAAAAGAAGAAGCGAAGGCAGAUGAGGCUAAAGUGGAACCAAAAGCAGAAACGAAGCCGGAAGAAGGUAAAGUGGAGGAACCAAAAGAAGAAGCGAAGCCGGAAGUCGCUGAUGAAGGGGCAGACACAGAUUCGGAGACUGACGAUGAAGAAACUAAGGCAAAGAAGGAUGCCGUCAAGCAACUUGCUGUUCAACUCGGAGUUCGCGAUUGGCUGGAUAAAUUGAAGGAGCAAAAGAAGAUAUUGAAAAAGGAGAACGAAGAACUGAAGGCUAAAGUUGAAUCGAAAGGAGACUGGAUCACUGCUGAACCGCCAUGGGUGAUUGAGUCUUCUGGAAAAGAACAGACAGGCUAUGAAGCGAGCAAUGUCCUGAACAGCAAGGCGGACGCAUUCUGGAGGUGCCCCGAAGAUCAGCACCUCAACUUCAUCGUGUUCGACUUCCGUACUGAGUACACCCUGUCCCAGAUAAAACUCACUAAUGUCGGGGACACAGACCACGACGUCAAGAGCUUCACACUCCAGACGUCGGCCUGCUCCAACCCAUUCUGCUGGACCGACGUCAAAGUGUUCACAGACGUAGCAGCAGGCACCAAGGCACCGCAAGUGUUUGGUGGAUUUGAAGCUUCUGCAAGAUACUGGCGGGUUUUAGUGACAAAAACCCACAAACUACAACCGAACCUUGUUCAAGUCGAGUUUUUCGGCAAGAAAGGAGAGUGGCUGUACGGUCACCCCCCUCUGGCAAUCGAAUCGUCCAGCAGUUCCGACGGCUCCGAGGUUCUUGACGGCAGCAGCACGACGUUCUGGACUGAUGGGCAGGAAGGACAGACCAGUUGGCACGUCACCUUCGACUUCCUGAACAAGUACGUCCUCUCCGGCCUGCGCAUUACCACCGCGGGCGACACCACGCACGACGUCCGGUCAUUCACUCUGCAGAGGUCGCCUUCCUGCGCUCCGUACAAAUGGACGGAUGUCAAGACCGUCACAGAUGUCAAGGCUGGACUGAAGACGGCACAAGAGUUCAGUGGUUUCCAGUGCACCGCCUCGGCCAGGUACUGGCGCCUGGUCAUCAACGCUACACAGAGCACGUCCCAGCCACAUGUCACAGAAGUUAGCUUCUUCGGCUUCUCCGAUGAAGCUGAUUGUUACAAGCACGUGAAAGCAAGUGCGAUUUCUGUGCUGGAGAGUGAGAACAGAGUUCUGAAGGUCAAGGUUGCAGACCAACAGAAGCUUUUGGAGCAGUUGAUGGCAACCGUCAAAUCCUGCGACACCUGUAGGGACAAGGCCAACCAGUUCGGCCAAGGGCAGCCAGCAGAGGAACAGGUUAAAGAAUUACGUGCAAUGGCCAAGCACCUAGGGAUGGAGAAGGAAAUCGAAGGCACGCUACAGCACAUGCAGCAUCUGGCUGCUGAACACGAGACUCUGAAGAUGAAAAUAGAUACAGUAAAGAAAGAGGAGACAACAUUCGGAAGACAAGCAAAUCCGCUCGGUGCCCGACAGAAGUCUGUCGUAUUGCCAAAAGGAGUAGACAGACCGCCGUCAGAGAAAGAGACCAAAUCACCUUGGGGUAUCUUAGCAACAAUGAAGUCAGAAUUUCAGAAACUGAGACCACCUUUUUUUAAGACACCUGAGACACCCCGUGAACAACCACCAGCUGAGCCGAAAGAACCAAGGAAGGAAACGGCUACCGGCUCGGCGGCUCCCGUGGCUGAGCGCAAAAAGAAGAGAAAGAAGAAGAAGAAAUCUAAACAGUCUCCACAGCCUGUAAAUAGGCAGUGGAUGUACCACCACGAGGCUAUCGCAGAGAGUUUGUCGAUGUUAGUCGUAACAUGA